AUCCCGAACGGAGACUUGGAUCGAGUCCAAGUUCAUCGCUCGCCCCGACUCCCUCGUCGUUGACUCCGACACUCGCCAUCUCCCCUUUUCUCUCGCCUUUGAAACCUAACGUGUCCCCACUCAUGCAGACUCAGUGCACCUGGUCAUGCCAUCAUGAGAUGUUCGGUGCACUGAGAUCGAAAUCCUCGUCCCUCUUUGCUUCCUCCAGGCGUCUCCAGUGCCGGUUCGCCGCCAGGAGCAGGAGUCGACGGCCGUGUCCGUUUGCCGCUAUGUCCACCGUCGCCACCGAGAGAGGGGCCCCUCCGAAUCGGAAGGAGUCGGAAGGCAAGCCCUUGCAGGUUGCAAAGCGCUUGGAGAAGUUUAAAACAACAAUAUUCACACAGAUGAGUAUGCUUGCCAUCAAACACGGAGCCAUAAACCUUGGACAGGGCUUCCCCAACUUUGAUGGACCUGAAUUUGUAAAGGAAGCAGCAAUUCAAGCAAUUCGGGAUGGCAAGAACCAAUAUGCCCGAGGCUAUGGAAUACCAGACUUGAACUCUGCUAUUGCUGCUCGGUUCAAGAAAGACACUGGCCUUGUGGUGGACCCUGAGACGGAAGUUACUGUUACCUCUGGGUGCACCGAGGCAAUUGCUGCAACUAUGUUAGGAUUGAUAAAUCCUGGUGAUGAAGUGAUCCUCUUUGCUCCUUUUUAUGACUCUUAUGAAGCCACUCUGUCUAUGGCUGGUGCUGAUAUAAAAAGCAUCACACUGCGCCCCCCAGAUUUUGCCGUCCCGAUGAAGGAGCUCAGGUCUGCAAUAUCAAAGAAAACCCGUGCAAUUCUUAUAAACACUCCCCAUAACCCUACUGGAAAGAUGUUCACUCGGGAGGAGCUUCAUGAGAUUGCUUCUCUCUGCAUUGAAAACGAUGUUUUGGUUUUCACUGACGAAGUCUAUGAUAAGCUGGCUUUUGAGAUGGAUCACAUUUCUAUGGCCUCUCUUCCGGGGAUGUACGAUCGAACAGUGACCAUGAAUUCCUUGGGGAAGACGUUCUCAUUAACCGGGUGGAAGAUUGGAUGGGCUAUUGCUCCGCCACAUUUGACGUGGGGAGUGCGGCAGGCACACUCUUUCCUCACCUUUGCUACUUCCACCCACGCACAGUGGGCCGCUGCUGUAGCGCUGAGAGCCCCUGAUUCUUACUAUGUGGAGUUAAAGAGGGAUUACACAGCAAAGAAGCAAAUUUUGGUGGAGGGAUUGAAGGAGGCUGGUUUCAAGGUAUUCCCCUCAAGCGGCACGUACUUUGUAGUUGUAGAUCAUACCCCUUUUGGCCUGGAAAAUGAUAUCGCGUUCUGCGAAUUCUUGAUCAAAGAAGUUGGAGUGGUGGCGAUCCCUACUAGCGUAUUUUACUUGAACCCCGAGGAGGGUAAGAACAUAGUGAGAUUUACAUUCUGCAAAGAUGAGGGAACUUUGAGGUCUGCAGUCGAGAGGAUGAAGCAGAAGCUGAAGAAAGGAUGAAAGGGCGGCGGUUCAAGAUCAUCUCGAGGAAACCGUGUCGCCAGACGAUUCUUUGCAACAUCGAGCAUCUGGAAGCGGAGAUCAUCGGAUUCUUGAUCAUAAGUCAAUGAUGAUUGUUCAACUUGUGAUACGAUGAAGGUAUUCCAAUUGAUUUACCUGUGAUAUGUGGCAACUGUCACAAAGCUGCCCUGAGGAACAGAAUAAUCCUUGCU